ACCAACUAUUACUUUUAAAUUACCGCAAUUACCCAAACAAACCUCCACAUAUAUAUUUAAACAAAUAGUCAUAACAACAAUAUUCAAUAUAAUCAAUCAUAUGUCAAUAUAGAAUGUUUGAAACAUUGAAUGAUUUCUGUCAGUGUUCAUUACAGCAAUAUGAUAAAGAAACUAUGUCAAAUUUAAGUAGUCUAAUGAAUAUUUAUUAUGCUUUUAAUUACUAUUAUAACAAUAACAGCAGUAAUAAUAGUAAUAAUAAUAGCAAUUUUAGUCAGUACAUUGAUAAUACUCAACAGAAAUCAAAUAUUGAUCCCAUAAUGACCCCUUUCAUAACAACACUUAGUCCAUAUCCAGAAUAUCCAAUCUGGUCGUCUAUCCUCAUUUCCGCGGCUGCAUCUGCAGCAGCAGCAGCUUCUACUAAACUGACACCUACUUUACCAUCUUGUGUAACAAUGUCAUCAACAACAGGAGGACAAAGUGAGCAUACACUUUUAUCUUUGCCUUCAUUAUCAUCAAUUAUUUUAGCGAAUGAAUUAGCAAAAGAUGAGGUAGAUAUGAUGAAAGGGAAGUAUGAAAAUGAAUUUUUAAGUAAAUUCUUCAAUUGUGCAUUAAUGGAAAGUGAAAAUGAAAAGUACUGUAAUGAAACAGAACAAUUGAAUUUGUCAUCGUCAUCAUCAACGACGUCGUCAUCCACUUCUUUAUGCUCGAAUUCAUCAGUUUCCUCAUCUUCAUCAUCAUCAGGAUCAAAAUUAUUCGAUACGAAAAGAAGCUGUGGAUUUUUUGUCAAAGAUUUAAUUAAUUCAGAUCAAUAUGAGCGUUACUCACGAUAUGACAGUUGUAUUAAUGAUUGCAGUGGGAAAGAAGGCAGGAGAGUCAGUGAACAAGAUAAUAAGGACGAAAAUGAAGAAGAACAAGUCGUCGGCGAGUGUGAUACCACCACCAAGAGAGACCACAAAGACUGUGAUGACGAUCCUGUUUCAAACAGUUUAAAAAAUUUAUUUGACAUGAAUGUAAAAAAGGCGAGUUCAACAGUGAAAUUCACUAUAUCACAAGAUGAGCAUAAGCUGAACUGUAGUAGUAAAAAAGCAUCAAAGGAAGAGGUGAAUCGAUUAAAAUCUAACCGUAGUCAUCAUAAUAGAAAGUUGAAUUCCCGGCAUCGAACAAAUGAGGCUAGUGCAUCAUCCAAUAAGUUGACUACAAAUGAUGCAAGUAGAUUACAUUUACCUGCAUGGGUAUUUUGUACAAGAUAUUCUGAUCGUCCAUCAUCAGGUCCAAGGAUAAGAAAACCACGAAUGUGUAGGACAAAUGAUGAAAUUAACUUAAAGCGACCACGAACUUCUUUCACUGUACCACAGUUGAAACGUUUGAGUCAAGAAUUUGAACAGAAUCGCUAUCUUGAUGAGAUUCGUCGUAAGAAACUUGCCAAAGAACUGGACUUAAGAGAAUCACAAGUAAAAAUCUGGUUUCAGAAUAAACGUGCAAAAACGAAGAAGGCAUCUGGAGCACAGAACUGCUUAGCUCUACAUCUAAUGGCUGAAGGUCUUUAUAAUCAUUCAGUUCGAGUUCGUCCUGAUUCAGAAGACAACAGUGACGACAUGACUGUCUCAGAAUAAUGUUAUUUAAAAAAAGUAAUAAUAAUAACAAUAUAUGAUGAAUAUAUGUAUAUGAAAAGCUAUCCAAAGAAUCUGUAUAUCAAUUCACAUCAUUUAAUGCUUUUUAAAAUCAUUUAUCAUUUAUUGUAUUUUAUAAUUAACGGCCUAUGAAGGCAUUGAUCAUUUUUUCUCAUUGAAUAUUUGUUUAUUUGAAUCAUUGAACACAUUGCCAUGGAAAUAAGCCUGAUUGAUUAAUUUGAAUUGUUUAUAUACUUAAACA